AGAAUAUUGUGUAUAAAUUUAGGAGACUGCUCUUUCUUCAAACUACCUUCGUUCACUUCUUCUGUAGUUCAUGCAUAGCUACCUCUCGUGAAUCAGUAGAAAAUUAUGAAACUAAAAGGGCAAAUCGAUCUUCGUUGACGUUCUUCCUAGUUGAUCAAAUAAAGAACAGAAUAGAAAGUCUAUGUAACUUCUAUAAGUACUUAAUUGGGAAAAAAAAUCUUGUGAUUUAACAAGUGAAGAAAUAAAUCAAUAAAAAAGCAAAAAAAAAUGUGGAAACUUAAACUCUCAGAGGGAAAUGAACCGUGGGUUACAAGUUCGAACAAUCAUGUUGGUAGGCAAUACUGGGAAUUCGAUAAAGAUGGUGGAACGCUUGAAGAACGAUGUCAUGUUGAAAAUAUACGUCAACAUUUUUAUGAGAAUCGGUUUCAUGUCAAACAUAGUUCUGAUCUCCUAUUGAGACUUCAGUUUGAAAAAGAGAAGCAAAUUGAUAUGAAGAAGUUGGGAAAAGUGAAAAUAGAGAGUGAAGAAGAAACAAGUGAAGAGGCAGUGAAGACAACAUUGAGAAGGGCAUUAAGAUUCUAUUCAACACUUCAGGCUNUAGAUAACAACUGGACUGGUCAAUUGUUAAUUAAUAUUCUAAAAUUGCAGGUUAUAAGUUUAUACAUAAUGGGAGUGGUGAAUGCAGUGUUAUCAGAAGAGCAUCAAAAGGAAAUACUUCGUUACUUAUAUAAUCAUCAGAACGUAGAUGGAGGGUGGGGGUUGCAUAUAGAAGGACAUAGCACCAUGUUUUGCACUGCUCUCAACUAUGUGACUUUAAGACUACUUGGAGAAGACAUAAAUGAUGAAGCUAUGGAGAAAGCAAGAAAAUGGAUUCUUGAGCAUGGUGGUCUCACCUUUAUUCCUUCUUGGGGAAAGCUCUGGCUCUCUGCGCUAGGCGUAUACGAAUGGAGUGGCAAUAAUCCACUACCGCCAGAACUAUGGCUUCUCCCCUACUUUCUUCCUAUACACCCAGGUCGAAUGUGGUGUCACUGUCGAAUGGUGUAUUUAGCAAUGUCAUAUUUGUACGGGACAAGAUAUGUAGGUCCUAUUAAUUCCACUAUUUUAUCACUCAGAAGAGAGCUCUAUACAUGCCCCUAUCACCACAUUGAUUGGGACUUGGCCAGGAACCAAUGCGCUAAGGAAGAUUUGUACUACCCUCAUCCUUUAGUACAAGAUAUUCUUUGGGAAAGUCUUCACAAUUUUGCAGAACCUCUUCUCAUGCAAUGGCCACUCUCCAAGUUAAGAAAAAGGGCACUCAACACUGUGAUGGAACAUAUUCAUUAUGAGGAUGAAAAUACCAACUAUAUUUGUAUUGGACCUGUCAAUAAGGUAUUGAACAUGCUGUGUUGUUGGGUAGAGGAUCCAGAAUCCAAGGCAAUCAAACUUCAUCUCUCCAGAAUCAAAGACUAUCUAUGGCUCGCUGAAGAUGGCAUGAAGAUGAAGGGAUAUAAUGGGAGUCAACUAUGGGAUGUUAGUUUUGGCGUACAAGCAAUAUUAUCUACAAACCUUCCUGAAGAAUACGGUUUGAUGCUUAAGAAUGCACAUCACUUCAUUAAAGCGUCACAGGUUAGAGAAGACAGUAGUGGAGACCUUAAGAAAUGGUAUCGGCAGAGUUGUAGAGGUGGAUGGCCUUUCUCCACUGUCGACAAUGGUUGGAUUGUAUCAGAUUGCACUGCUGAAGCCCUUAAGGCAGCAGUUUUGCUAUCUCAGAUGCCAUCAGACAUUGUUGGAGAAGCAAUAGCACCUCACAAGCUAUACGAUGCUGUUGAUUUGCUUCUUUCUCUUCAGAAUAGCAAUGGCGGAUUUGCUUCGUAUGAGCUAACAAGAUCUUAUGCAUGGCUUGAGAUGAUUAAUCCAUCAGAAACAUUUGGGGAUAUCACCAUUGAUUACCAGUAUGUAGAAUGUACUUCUGCAGCAAUUCAAGCUCUUCAGUCCUUCAAAAAACUUUACCCGCAAUAUCGAGAGAAAGAUAUAGGAGCUUGUAUUAGGAAAGCUCUCUAUUUCAUCGAAAGUAUUCAACUUCCUGAUGGUUCAUGGUAUGGCUCGUGGGGAGUGUGCUACACAUAUGGAACAUGGUUUGGGAUAAGUGGGCUAAUUGCUGGUGGCAAGACUUACGAAAGUUGCAAAAGCAUCAGAAAGGCUUGUCAUUUUCUAUUAUCAAAACAACUUCAACCUUCUGGUGGUUGGGGUGAAAGCUAUCUCUCAUCUCAGCACAAGGUUUAUACGAACAUUGAAGGGAACAAAUCACACAUAGUAAACACCGCAUGGGCCAUGUUGGCUCUUAUUGAAGCUGGCCAGGGGAAAAGAGAUGCUACUCCACUCAAACGAGCUGCUAAAGUUCUGAUAAAUUCUCAAAUGGAAAAUGGAGAUUUUCCACAACAGGAAAUAAUAGGAGUAUUCAACAAGAACUGUAUGAUAAGCUACUCAGCCUACAGAAACAUAUUCCCCAUAUGGGCACUUGGAGCUUUUCUCAAUCAAGUACUACUAUCUCCUAAAGAGCAUCAGGAAUAGCCAACACUUGGAGUUAAUUUUCAAACUAAGAUUUUCUACAGUUUUUGUACAUAGAAUAAUGGGGGUUUUAUGCGCACUUCUGUCUUUUAAGAAACCUUUAGUUUGUGAGAAGCUCUAUGUACAUUGCGGUCAUGUAUUUAUGUUCAUAAUAGAGUCAAUCGCGCUUCACGAUUUAUGUAUAAUAUUAUAAAUAUUUUAAAUGCCAAUAGGCUCUAUGUUAUGUUUUAAAGGUUAUGAAAGAUUAUUUUAUGUCA